UAAAGGAUGUGUGACUAUUUUAAGUGUUGUGAUUAAAAAAAAAAAUUGUUAAAAUUUUUCCAAUUUCAAUUGUAUUAAAUAAUGCAUGCCGUAUCUCGGAGACUUGGUGUAAAUAUGAAUAAUUAAAUGAGUUUUGUUUGUGUUAUUGUAUUUUUUUAACAAAUUCAUAACCAAAUCAGAUUAUAAAAAUUAUAAUAGAGAUGGCUCCAACAAUAUGCAGUGAUGAAGAUUUACAUAUAUGUAAAAGAGUUCGAGAUACAAGAAAACAUGGUGAAAAUUAUAUGACAAGAGAAAAUAAUUCGACUGCUUCAACUUCUAACUCUAAUGCUAAUGAUACUACUAAUAAAAUUAUAAAUAGACGUGAUAAUCAUAAUGGAACUGUUAGAAAUUUUAUGUCAAUCAAUGUUAAUGAUAAUAAUCAUAGAAAAGAUGAUAGUACAAGAGUUAAUAACGAUGAUAAUUGUAAUGAAUCACUAAAUAAUGAUCUAUAUAGCAAUAACAACAAUAAUAAUGGUCACAAUCAUAAUAACAAUAAUGAAAUUAACACAUAUUUCGAUAGUAAUAGUAUUGAUUUAUUAACAGAUACCACACGAAGAGAACUAAUAUCAAAUUAUUCAAAUGACAUAAAUGGAAAUGAUAAUUCAAAUCAAAGUUUUAAUUCAUUUAUAUUAUCUGAUGCAUCUUCAAAUACAUUUUGUGAACGUUUAAUAUUAUUACCUACAACAAUAUCAUCGUCUUCAUCAUCAUCAUCACCAGUAUCAAUAGCAGUAUCACCAUCAAGUAUAUCAUCAGAACGUUUUGAAAAUUCUUUAAGUCCAUUUCAGGGUAGCAGUUGUGAUUCUUUUAAAUUGAAUAAUCAUAAUAGUAAUAAUAGUGAACAAAAAUCAAAACGUAAUCAUCCAUAUUUUAUUGAAAAUAGAUCUAGAAAAAUUUAUUACAAUUCUCAACAACAUAAUCAACAAUAUUCACAAUCACAUAAAAUUUAUAAUUCACAUAAUAAAAAAUAUAAAUAUGAUAGAGAUGAAAGAGAAAAUUAUAACUAUAAUGAAAAAUUUCAAUUAAAAUCAAUUAAUGAACAUUUUAAUAACAAUAAUAAUAUACCAUCAUUUGUAACAUCUACAACAUCAUCACAAACAUCAAGUUCAACAUCAUUCUCUGAUGAUGAUUUCGAUGUCAAUGAAUCUAAAAUACGUUCAAUAUUACAACAAAAAUUACAUUUACAUGAAAAAUCUGGUAAACAUGAUAAAAAUUUUUAUCGUACUAAAGGACUUGUUGAAAUCGCUAUUAAAACAAUUAAAUUAAUUAGACGUAAUCAAAUGUUACAAAUGAAAUUACAACAAUUACAAAUGGAAACAAAAGAAUUUGUACAAUCAGUAAUGUCAAAUCAAGAGAAUCGUGCUAUUUAUUCAAAACAUAAAACUAAUAAUAACUAUAAUAGUAACAGUAAUAAUGAUAGUAAUUAUGAUAAUAAUAGAAAUACAAAUGUAAAUAAUCGAAAUUCAAUAAGCUCUAACAGUAAUUGUUAUAAUAUAAAUAGUACAGCUAAUAAUAUUCAUACUGAUGAUAUUAAUGAAAACAACAGUAAUAGCUGUCACGAAAGUAACAAUAAUAAUAGAGGAAAUCAGAUAAAAGAAUGCAUUAAUGAUAAUAAUAAUAGCAAUAAUAAAAUAUGUAAUUUAAAUAAAUCAAAUAAUGUUAGUAAUGUUAAUAGUUCAUUUAAAAUUCAUUAAAAAAAAUAAAGAAAACAGUUUUAUUCAAUAUUAAAAUUAAAAUUAUAUAAUAUACUAUGUUUACAUAUACAAUCAUAUAUGUGAUAACUUGAAUGUAUAACAUUUGAUUAUGUAAAUAAAAAUUGGAAGGUAAAAAAUUUAAGAGAAAUUUACAAUUAUUACUAUAUGUUUUACAAAUAAUUUUGAGAAUUGAAUUAAUUUUUUAAAUUAUUUUAAUUAAUUUAUUAGAAGAGCUUUAUAUAAUAUCAAAAUAUUUAUUUAAAACAUAAUAUGUUAUACGUACUGAGUUAGGCAGAAUGUAACAAAAUUUCUUAAUAUUCACAAACCACUGUAUAAAUUAAUAAUUUUUAGCUUUGAUAUUCUUACAUUAUAAUAUUUAUUUUCUAUUACAGUCUGUUAAUGUUAAUGUUAAUGUAAAUGUUAUAUACAUGAUUGUUAAUAAUUUUGUUUAUUAUUUUCUUUCUAAAGCACCAUCUAUUGACUUAAAAUAUUAAAAAUUAAAUUGAAAACUAUAAUUUUUUUUUUACAAAAUGUAAAAAAUUUUAUUAAAAAUAAAAUUUAAAGAAAAUAUUUCAAGUUAUCACAUUAUUUAAUGUUAAGUUUAAUUUAGA